GGAUCAGCUCCUCAUCAAGUUAUUCCCCAUGUGUGAUUGGUCUCCAGGGCUUUAAUUCAUUAUAUGUGGAUAUAUAAUCCACGUACUAUCUUUUGAUGCUUGAUUGUAGGUGUGGGGUGUAAUGAUGUUGUGGAAUGAGAUUAUGAACUGUUAAUUGGUUGAGAGGAGUUAUUGAUUGAAUGGGAAUGAUGGUGUUUGUGAAGUGCGGAUCGAAUCUUGUUUCGAUAGGGGGUAUUUUGGAUUAGAAUGAUUAUGAUGAGGUUGAGAAUUUUUCUUUGAACGGCAAAUUUGGAUCACUGACGGACCACUAGAGUAUCAUCGUGCCACCAGCAGAACCACCCGAUCAUAUCCAUCUCCACUAGGCCAUGCCUAUACACCAAUUCAGGAGGAAACCCAAUAAAUAUGGGAAAAACCCCCCUUGUAGGAAUCGAACCCAGGACCUAUUGGUCCCAAAGCUUUAUCCCACCCCCAAGAUGCCACUAGGCUAUAAAGCCAUGAGCGAUGAGGUUGAGAAUUAUCAGGAUGAGUAUGAUUAUGUGUUUGUGUAUGUAGGGGGGGGGGGGGGGUUCAAACGAGAACCACUAAACAGUUAAGAACUAAAGGAACAACUUUUUAGCCUUUGAUCAUGGAAUAGACAAAGGGAGGGAAACGGUUGCGAUUCAUGGAGUGAAGAGACGUAUGAGACGGAGAUCGACCAUUCAUUGAAAUACGAUCCAAGGGCUAAAAAGUGGUUUAUCUGGUUCCUAUUUAUUUAAUAGUUCUCAUAUGAACCACCCUCUGUAGGUAAGUUAUGUAUGUAUCUCUCUGUAUAUGUAUACACACGCGCAAGGGCGUAGCAUAGAAGCGGCCGGGGGGGGGGGGAACCCCGAACUUUUCACUCAGUAGUGCCCGGUAUAUUCAUUUUCGACUCCACCGUUGGAAAUCUCAAGCUUCGCCACUGCACACGCGCGCACAUGCAAGGGGUUCAAAGGAAGAUUCACGGUAUUCGCUGCGUCAAACGGCGGGGAAGAAAAUGGAUUCGACGAUAAGAAAAACUCAUGGAGUAGUAGUCUAUUUAAUAUCGAAGAUCCAAAGUUUAAAAUAGUCCCACAAAGUAACAGAAAGUUUUUAGAUGUUAAUCAAGCACUUGAAGUGGCUAGAUAUGAUCUUCAAUAUUUGGAUUGGCGAGCGCGUCAAGACGUUCUUACGAUCAUGCAUCUUCAUGAAAAGGUUGUAGAUGUUUUAAAUCCUCUUGCACGCGAGUACAAAUCCAUCGGGACAUUGAAGAAGGAUCUCGCAGAGUUACAAGAAGAGCUUGCACAAGCACAUAAACAGGUACAUAUAUCCGAAGCAAGGGUUAGUGCAGCUUUAGAUAAGCUAGCAUAUAUGGAGACCUUGGUGAAUGACAAACUUUUGGAGGACAAAACGUCGGUCACGUCCGACACCGCAACUCCAACUCCAACUCCGACAACGUAUUCCGCGGCCUUUGAAACUGCUAAAAGCAAAGCUCAAAGAAAAAGUAUAAGCGUAUCCGGUCCAGUCAAACCGUACCAUCCUUGCUUGAAGAACUUCUGGUACCCUGUUGCUUUCUCCCGUGACCUUAAGGAUGACACAUUGAUACCUAUCGAGUGCUUUGAGGAACCUUGGGUGUUAUUUCGUGGGAAAGAUGGAAAACCGGGAUGUGUAAAGAACACGUGUGCGCAUAGAGCGUGCCCUCUUGACUUAGGCUCUGUGAACGAGGGUCGGGUGCAGUGUCCUUACCAUGGGUGGGAGUACUCUACAGACGGGAAAUGUGAGAAAAUGCCGUCUACAAAAUUCGUCAACGUGAAGAUAAAGUCACUUACAUGCAUUGAGCAUGAGCACAUGAUAUGGAUCUGGCCCGGAAACGAGCCUUCUUCACCCGUUAUUCCUUCACUAAAUCCACCCCCAGGAUUCCAGAUACACGCUGAGAUUGUCAUGGAACUACCAGUGGAGCAUGGGCUGCUUCUUGACAACCUUCUGGAUCUCGCACACGCGCCUUUCACUCACACUUCCACAUUCGCAAAGGGCUGGAGUGUCCCAAGCUUUGUAAAGUUUUUUACCCCUGAAUCUGGGCUUCAAGGAUACUGGGAUCCAUAUCCGAUCGAUAUGGAAUUUAGACCGCCUUGUAUGGUUUUAUCAACCAUCGGGAUUUCAAAACCUGGAAAGCUAAAGGGCCAGAGCACCAAACAGUGUUCAACACAUCUUCACCAACUACACGUGUGUUUACCGUCAUCAAGAAAUAAGACUAGACUGUUGUACCGAAUGUCGCUUGAUUUUGCUCCUGUUUUGCAACACAUUCCUUUUAUGCAUCACCUAUGGAAGCAUUUUGCCGAAAAGGUUCUAAACGAGGAUUUACGGCUUGUGCUUGGGCAACAAGAUAGGAUGAUCAACGGGGCGAACGUGUGGAACUGGCCGGUAUCAUAUGAUAAGUUAGGAGUAAGAUACAGGUUAUGGAGAAAUGCAGUGGAGAAAGGUGUUAAGCAAUUACCCUUCACCAAAUGAACAUAUAAAACCGACUUUUUGGAGUGAAUUUAACCCGUUUGUGUCGUUUUGGUCAACGGAUUCGUGGUCCUGCACACAUUUUUGCAGAGCAUCAUGAGUCAAGAGACUCUGCAGAAGAGAUGAUUUUUGUGGACCAAAGGUUGUAAAAAUGAAAGCCAAGUAUAGAUACCCUUUGUAAUGCCCCAACCCGAAACUGCGCUCACGUGUUACUAUUACAGAUAUAAAAAAAACAUAAUUCUGUAAAACUAUUGAUUGAUAUUGAUCAUCAUCAUCAUACUCAGUAAA